AUGAUUGAUUUAUCACCACAACAACAAUCACAGACCCAAUUACAAGUACCCAUAACACAACCAAUUCAAAAUAAUAAUAAUCAACAACCAUCCCAACCAACACCCACGGCACCUAUAAAUAAUAACAGUAAUAAAGAUCAACCACCACCACCACCACCACCAUCAAAUUCCAAAAUAAAAUCAAACAAACGAAUUGAAUUGGAAAGACUUAUACGAGAAUUUCAAUCUAAAUUGGGUGCAAAAGAUUGGGAAAAAUAUCAUGAAACUUUAAGUUAUUUUUUAGUUGGAAAAUUAUCUCGACCUGAGUUAGUAUCAAUAAUAACACCAAUUUUAAAGGAGAGAAACUUAUUACAAUAUCAUAAUAAAUUAUUAUUAUUAAAUUUUGCAAAUUCACUAAAAGAUACAAAUAGUAAUGAAUUUUUAGGCUCAACAUCAAAUGAAUUUUCAUCGUUUUGGAAUAAAAAAUCUUCAUUAUCAUCUAUAUCUAAGAAUAAAGUUAAAUCUACUCAAUAUGAGAAAUUUAAAUCGAAUAUUAUGGCCUUACCUAUAAAAGAAAGAAGGAGAAUAAAGAAUAUUACAAGGGACUCAGGUGGUAAGAAGAAUAAAUUAAAUUCAUCUAUUACCUUAACUCGUCAUUCUAUACUUCCCAAAAUUCCUAUGAUUCAAGAUAAGGAGCAACAACAAUUGAAUGUGAAUUCAUUAGUCCAAUGGCAAAGUGAUAUAGUCAAUGGUAUAAAUACUCCGCUCGCAUGUCAAAAUUAUGAAUUACCAGAUAAAGAUCAAUUAACAAGUAUAGUUAAAAUGAUAAGUCGAGAACAUGGUUUAAUUGGAGGUGCAAACAAUAUACAACCUAAUGUUUUGGAAUUGAUAAGUUUAGGUUUGGAAAGUUAUCUAAAACAAGUAAUUGAAUCAAUGAUUGAUUGUACAAAAUUUAGAAAGAAUAAAUAUUGGAAUAAUGAUAUAAUAGAUUUAAAUAAUGACAAAAAAGAAGAAAAGAAUAAAGAGAGUAAAAAUUCUUCAAAGGAUACAAUUUUAUCAAUUGAAGAUUUUUAUAAUACUUAUCAAACAUAUCCUCAUUUAUUUCAAUUGGGAGAUGAUUCAAAAUUUAAUUUAAUGUUAAAUGAUGAUCAAAUAUUAAUGGAAAAUGAAAAAAAAAAUGGUCAUAAUAGUAAUGGAAAUGUAAGUAUUGCAAAUGGAUCAGUUAAUAAUAAUCAAAUGAAUGGAAAUUCAACAAAUUCAAAUGGUAUGAUAGUUGAUUCAAAUGAUGAAUUAAAGAAUUUAUUAUUAGAACUUAUAUAA